ACACCGGCACAAAACAUGGCGCACUUAAAGAGAGUUGCUUGUAAAGCGAUUGACGGGGUAGCUUUGAAACUAAACAAAAUCAGUCAGGAAUUAUGGAAAAAUUCAGAGAUGAACUACAAAGAGCACCAUGCUCACACCAUACUGACUGAUUUCCUGGAAAAUCAAGGAUUUCACGUUGACAAGAAGUACAAACUCGACACGGCUUUCCGGGCCACAUUCGGAAACGAUAGGAAGGGUCCACAUGUGGCGGUGUUGUGUGAGUAUGACGCACUGCCAGAGAAUGGUCACGCAUGUGGACACAACCUGAUAGCAGAACUGGGCGUGGCAGCCGGGGUUGGAAUCAAGGCUGCCAUGGAAACAUCCAGGCAACCUAUCGGCAAGGUGACCGUGCUGGGAAUUCCGGCAGAAGAAGGAGGUGGCGGGAAAGUUAUUCUCAUCGACAAACACGCCUUUGACAAUUUUGAUGUGGUGAUGACGUCACACCCUGAGCAAACAGAUAGUGUGAGGCCGAAUCUGAUCACCAUUCAGAGGGUAACCGUGACUUAUAAGGGCAAGGCCAGUCACGCCGCUGCAUUUCCCUGGAAGGGUAUUAACGCACUGGAUGCGGCAGUCACGUGCUACCAGACCGUGUCCUGCAUGCGCCAACAGAUGAAACCGACAUGGAGAGUGAACGGAAUAAUAAAAAAAGGUGGUGUGAAAGCAAACAUCAUACCAGAAGAAGCUGUACUGCAAUAUUCCAUCCGGGCACCGAACAAGACGGAGCUUAAUGUGCUGUUGGAAAAGAUGUCUCAUUGUUUCGAAAGUGCAGCUAAAGCAACAGGAUGCAAGGUUGAGUGUAAAAAUUCGGAUGUGCCGUAUCUUAAUUUCAUCGGUAAUAAAGAGCUGGCCUCUACGUUCGAGACAAAUGCAAAGGAAUUAGGGUUAGCGUUUGAUGAAGAUAGAAUGUGUUCGGAAGGUAUUCAAGCGUCCUCGGACAUAGGAAACGUGUCAUACAUCGUUCCCAGUCUCCAUCCAGUGUUCCACAUCGGAACUGACGAGGUCAACCACACUAGGGGCUACGCCGAGGCUACAGGUGCCGCUGCUGCACAGCCAUAUACCCUACGGCAAGGGAAAGCAAUAGCGAUGACAGCCGUCGACGUCUUCACAAACAAGGAUCUUUUACAAAGAAUCAAAAUUGAAUUCGAAAACGAACCACAAAGAAAGGAUUAACUUGAUGUUGUUGUCAAAAUAUAGACCUAGAAUCCUUGUCGAGCAUGUCUUCAAGCGUUAUAAUACUAAUGUAAAAUAUCCCAAUAUAUCACUUAUCACCAAAAUGGUUCUCCUGUCGCUGAAGAAUCUAUAGGAGGUCUUUAUUCAUACAUGUUUCAUAACUGAUAUGGUACAUGAUAAAAUUCGUAACAUUGUGUUAUUGUUUCUGUUUACACGCAUAUGAUUGGUCGUUUCUGACCUCAAACAAUUCUGAUUGGCCUGUGACUAUGGACUGCUUUUACUAUUCUCACUUAAUCAAUUUGUAAAAAAUGUAUAAUCUACAAAUAACGUUUUACACCUAAAAUUGAUAAUAACGUUUUCUUCAUAAGGAAAUAUAUUUUGUCGCGUAAUGAUUUACAUAAUUUAGUUGCUACAUGUAUGGAGAAUUAAAACUCGACAAGCUUACAUUAAUUUUGUAAGUAAAGAAGUUAUGAGAUAAACUUGUUCCCCAACAAAAAAGGACUGGCUGCUUAUCACUGUAAAGCUCGUUUCUUUCCUAAUUUUGAAAAUUUUGAAACUCGUGUUAAAAACAUUAUAAACAACCGUCACUUGUAAGGGAACGUCUACAUGUCUGUAGUACACUCCCAGACAAGCUUGCCUUUAAUAAAUAAAUAGAUGAAUUAUUUC